GAAGAGAGGAGUGCAGUGAGAGAGAAACACGUAAACGAAUAGAGUCCAAGUGUGGAACGAAGGAUACAGGGGCGAACACGCCGCUUCCACUCACCACUACCGCCACAAUCUCAUUUCUCAUUCAUCCAUCAAUUAAACGACUUUUCCAUUGGCUACACGUCGCCCUCCUUCAUUUGGAUAGACAUAGGCCGCCACUUUUGUUCUUUCAAGGGACUCUAUAGCUGAUUUAGUUUGUACCCUUAUUCCCAAAAUGGAGUCUUCUCCAGCUACCGGAUUCAGCUUGGAAGGGAUUGACGAUGUUUACGAUUUUCCAUGGCAGAAUGAGGAAGGAUCAUCAAUGUCGUUGGAGAGGUAUGGCCAUCUCUACGACCUCAUGCAAAGGGGAAACACGGCAUUUCGUGAAGAUCGAUUGGAUCAGGCAAUUGAAUUAUACUCAAGAGCUAACCACAUUAAGCCUGGUGAUUCUAUUAUUCUGAGCAACCGAUGUGCUGCCUAUCUCCGGAUUAGCCAAUUUCUCAGAAGCAGGUCUCCUUCGGCUUCAGAAUAUAGGCCAUUGAAUGGGUUGGAUCCAACAACCCAUGCUGGGCUUGCACUGAAUGAUGCGGAGAAGGUGAUGAAUCUACAUAAUAAUUCAGCAGCCUCCUACAUUCUUAAGGCUAAUGCUCUUAUUCUGUUGGAAAAGUAUGAGCUGGCUCAAGAUGUUAUUCGCUCAGGCCUUCAGAUUGAUCCCCAAAGCAAUGCUCUUUCAAAUUUAGAGAAGAAAAUAGCCAAUACUUUUUUGAGGAGAAGCCAUUCCAAUCCUCAACGAACAGAUGAUUAUGAUUGCACUUUAUGUUUGAAGUUACUGUUCGAACCAAUCACAACUCCUUGUGGGCAUUCUUUCUGUCGGUCAUGCCUGUUUCAGACUAUGGACCGAGGCAACAGAUGUCCCCUGUGUCGUACUAUUUUGUUUAUUAGUCCCAGAACAUGUGCAAUCAGUGUCACAUUAAACAACAUCAUAGAGAAGAGCUUUCCAGAGGAAUAUGCAGAGAGGAAGUUGGAGCAUCUCAGUUUGACAAACCCUGGUCCUGAUUUGUUGCCUCUUUUUGCCAUGGAUGUUAUCCUACCGUGCCAGAAGUUACAGCUUAACAUUUUUGAACCACGUUAUAGACUUAUGGUGAGGAGGAUAAUGGAAGGAAAUCGCCGGAUGGGAAUGGUUGUGAUUGACCCAUCAACUGGUUCAGUCGUUGAUUAUGCAUGUGAGGUGGAGAUUACGGACUGUGAGCCUCUUCCAGAUGGACGUUUCUUUUUAGAGGUUGAAAGCCGGAGGAGAUGUUGUAUCAUUCGAAAUUGGGAUCAAGACGGAUACCGUGUCGCCGAGGUUGAGUGGGUGAACGACACAUAUCUGCCAGAGGGAAACGAGAGAAAUGAUUUGCUGGAGAUGACAAAUAAGGCAGCAGUUUUUGUUCGCCAAUGGAUGAAGGAGGCACAAGAAGCCGCACAAGGGGAUAGAAUAAGGCUCGCGGAGCUUUUUAAAGCAGAAGGAUUGAUACCAUCCACACGUGAUCCCGAGCGCUUCAGUUUUUGGCUUGCUACAUUGACAAACCGUAGGCCAUCAGAGAGACUAGAGCUUCUUCGGCUUAGAGAUACUCGGGAGAGAAUUACAAGGUGUCUUCUUUUUAUGAAGGCGGAAGAGCAAGGAUGUAGGUUGAUUUGGCAGUGAGAGGCAAUUCAACAUUGUGUGACAUUGUAUUAUUUCACAAUUUGAUUGUUGGCAUUCUUUCUGUUUAAGAGGCUUAUUCAUAUUAUUCAUCGAUGAUCCACAUAGCAGUGGAUCUUACUCACCUUUAAAGUUUAAACUGUGGGAAAUGGUAUACUGUAAAAAUCAAAGACUAGUUAACAACAUACACUAAAUAGUAUAGCAAUCCAUUUUUGGAA